GAAUUUGAUGUUGAUUCGCUUUAGUCCAGUUUUACAAUUCAAAUCAAAACAACGUGCCGAAAGGAUUAAAUUUUUGUAGUUAAGUUUCGAUUACUUUCUCGUAGUUUUCCAAACUAACUGAGCUAAAAUAAUCCGUCAUUAUGCCACUGCGCAAGAAGAUCAAAAUCAGCUCCGCCAAACGUGGCCACCAUGAAAAACAUAAGAAAAAUUUCGCCAAAUCGAAAAAGACCUUGCACCGGGAAAAGCAGCUGAACAGUAACAUUUUCCGGGCGAAGAAUUUGGCCAAGAAGAUAGAAAAAGUGGCAACCAAGAAACCGGUCUCAAAUCGGCAACAAGGGACCAGCGUUAAUUCGGCGGCGGCAGCCACGGAACCAUCCGUUGAGGACAUUUACGAUAUGAUGGACAGCGUUAGCGAAUGCUCGGAUGAUGGUCAAGAGAAAACUUUAUCGGUUUUGGAUCAAUCCGAGGAUUCCGCUUUGGAAGAGGAUCAAAACGAUGAUAAUGACGUGGACAUGAGGAAUGCAACAGAGAGGCUCGAGGAUGAGUACCAGAUGCAGAUGAGUGGCCAUGUAAACUACGUAGGGGAAACCAAGGAUCUGCUUCCGAUCAAGACGAAAAAGGGCGGUAUUGUCAGUCGAAGCGCCGAAGUUAAGCCUGGACAACAGGUGCCAGCAAAAAAAGCGCCUGAAGAGGAGCAACCAGAACCGAAAGCUCCAGAACCGGAGGCAGUGGUCCCACAGAAGAACGAAAUCACCACGACGGAUUUGCUGACCGAAAGGGAGGAUGAAAUCGAGCGGCAAAAAUUUCUGAUUGGAGUAACAUGUGCUUCAAUUCUGGAAAACCCCGAAGCUAAAAUAAAAAGCUUAGCCAUGCUGGUCGAUCUUGUUCCAGAAACGGCUCAAAAUGGUAAAACGAAUAUGUUCAUCAUUCGCAAGCUGGCUAUGAUUUCGUUGGUAGAAGUUUUCAAGGACAUUGUGCCCGAGUACAGGUUGGGAAUAAUUGAUACGGCUGCCCAGAAAUUGAAGAAAACCACUCUGGCCCGAGUCAGCUAUGAAAAUGAGCUGCUGCUUCAGUACAAAAAGUUUCUCGUUCAUUGCGAAGGGUUUACACAACAGGUGAAGCGCAGCAAGAAGUUCAACAAGCAGGACUUUACCGAGAAGCAGCAGAUCGCCGAAAUUGCCGUGCAAUGUAUGUGCGAGCUCUUGCUGGCGCAUCCGUACUUCAACUACAGCAUGAAUAUUGCGCAAAUGUUGGUGACGAUGCUGAACAGCGACCAGGAGAGUGUCCGGAAGCAGGUUCAUUCGUGUUUCGUUACGACCUUCAAAACCGACACUCGCUUCGAUAUGUGCAAACAUAUUGUGCGGCACAUCAAUCAGCUGGUCAAGAAGAAGGAUCAUGGAGUGCAUCCGGAAAUGGUGUCCUGUUUGAAGUACCUGCAGAUCAAAGACGUUAACAUCAACGCCGAAAGGGAGAAAGAACUGAAGCUGAAGAAACUCGAAGCACACAAGUCGCGAGUGAUCAAUAUGUCGCGCCAAGAGCGAAAACGGAAAAAGAAACUGGCCGAACUGGAGAAGGAACUGUUCGAAACCAAGGCAGAAGAAAGCAAGCAGGUUCAAAUGAAGAAACUAACGGACAUUACCAAAUUAGUGUUUACGAUAUUCUUCCGGAUAUUGAAAACGGCUCCGAACUCGAGGCUUUUGAGCUGUACAUUGGAAGGUCUUUCUAAGUUUGCUCACACCAUCAACAUUGAGUUCUUCUCGGAUUUGAUCGAAGUCUUGAACAAUCUGUUGGUGCACGCCGAUUUGGGUCAUCGUGAGCAGUUACAUUGCAUUCAAACAGUUUUCACUAUCCUCAAAGGUCAGGGAGAGGUCCUGAACAUCGAUCCUGCGCGGUUCUACACGCAUCUCUACAAGAAUUUGUUAAGCGUUCACGCUGGGAAAAAUCAUGAUGAUUUGGAAUCGAUACUGGCAACGUUGGACAGUGUGCUUUUGAAGCGGCGGAACAACAUUACUUACCAUCGGUAUUUGGCUUUUGUCAAACGAUUGUCCUCGAUGGCGCUGCAAUUACUACACAAUGGAGCGUUAGGGUGUCUCGGAGUCGUUAGAACCGGAAUGCUGCUCAAUACAUCUUUGGACAUUCUGCUGGACACCGAAUCUGUAGUUGGUUCCGGCGUGUAUGAUCCCCAAGUUGAGGAACCGGAAUUCAGUAAUGCAAACUGCACGAGUCUCUAUGAGUUGACUGCAUUGCACAGACAUUACCACCCGACCGUGCGUAGAUUUGCGAAUAACAUCGCCAACGGCGUGCCUAGUUCUGGACCAGGGAUGUUGCCUCCCGAUAUAGCCAAACUGACACCUAGCGAACUGUACACACGAUACGACAGCUCCAAAUUGGCAUUCAAUCCCUCUAUUCCUGUUCCGAAGCAGAAGGCCAACGCAUCCGAUGGGAGUGGCAAACAUAUUUUCGUCGACUAUGAACUAGAAGAGAUGUGUAAUCGAGCACAAAGUUUGCAGAGCAGCAACAACGAUGUGCAGUUUGAUUUUCUGUGCUGAUUGUUGAACCCAAGAUGGACCUAUAGGGAAAAUAAAGUUAUAAUACAGUUAAA